GCCAAAAUGGCGGCGGCCGUUGGCGUGGAGUCCGAUUUAUAGUGCCGUUGCUCGGUUCCUUCCGUUGCAAAAUGUGAAAGAAACGUCUGGUGGAGUGGGGGGAGGUCGUAGGAAUGAGUCGGCGGAGGAAAUAUGGGGACAGCAGUGCCCCGAAGAAGACGCCGCGUAGAACGGCGGCGACUGAGGACUGCAGCUCGGUGGUCGAGCCACGCAGCAGGCGGCUGAAGUCGGCCCGCGGGUCGGGUCUCCGCGGGGCUUCGGAAGGCCCUCCCGGGCCGGUGUGGCAGCAAGAGCAGCGUCCAGCACCCGCUUCGUGCAUUAACAGUAACCCCGAGGAAAGGCAUGAAACACCACAGAGAGUGCUGAAAAUGGAUUUGUUUUCAUGUACCUUCAGUUCUCCAAAUGAUCCAGAUGGACAGAAUGAUAUCUUUUGGGAUCAGAAUUCUCCAAUGACAAAACAGUUAGGUAAAGGAAGAAAAAAAAAGAUUUACACCACAGGUAGUGAUGAGAUAUCAGACAUUGUUAAUCGUAUUGCUCCUCAGGAUGAGAAGAAGCCAACAACAAAUUCCAUGCUGGGCAUGUGGAUUGGUGCAGCUGCUAUUCCUUGUACUCCCAAUGUAGCGAAAGAAAAAUCAAGAGUAAAAGUUAGCCGUACAAAGCUAAAAACACAAUAUCGAGAAAAAGAACUUAUGAAAUUGGCUGAACAAUUUGAUAAAAAUAUGGAAGAGCUAGAUGUGGCUCAAGAGCAAAACAAGAGGAAUCAUGAUUUUAUCCAGGAGAUUUCAAAAGCAGAGACUUCACAUAGUUGUAAUGAUUAUGUACAGGUGCAUCCCUUACAUGAUGUAGUUCCAAUUAUAGAUAAUGCCAUAAUAAAGAAGCCAAUGAAAGGAAACACCAGAAUAUCUGUGGCAAAUGAUCAAAGCAGUAGUCAGAAGCCAUUUGACCAAAAUGCUGAAGCAGCCUUUAAUGCCCUUUUUGAUGAUUCUACCCAGAAAUGUAGUGGGCAGUUAAGCCAAGAUCUGGCAGAUGCUUUUUUGAACACUAGAAAAAAUGCUUUGAAAGAGGAGAAAAUCAUUAUUAAUGGUACUCUGGUCACUGAAAAACUGCCAGGUAAAACCCAAGAUUCACUUUAUCCACAGGUAGAUCCUCCCAUAAUGACAAAAUCAUGUGUGACUCCGUAUAGUAAAGAGCCAGAAGCUUCUAGUAAGCCCAUUGGUACAUUUACCACCAGUGAUUUGGAGGACGAUUGGGAAAAAUUACUAAGUAAUGAACCUUUUGUUAUGCAAAAUGUUGAAGCUGAACUUUUUCCUUCUAAAACUGCCCAGGUUACUGAUCAUAAGGGAAUUUAUACCUUUACUAGUGAAUAUGGUGGAAAUACAUCAAGAACAAAUAAAAGUCUAGAUGCCAAGUUAGGAGAUUCAGAAGUAUUACAAGAUUUACCUUCAGAAACACAUAACAGAGAACUAAUAGAUGCUGGAAAAUACAGAUUUUCAUCAAAUCCAAAUGAUAAAUCAAGCAAAUUAUCAUCCACUAGAAAUAAAAUGAAAUCUUCAAGUAAAAUUGUUAGUCAAGACAAAACUCAAGAUUGUGCAGUUACAUCUAAUCUGACAAAAGUAAAAGAAGAUAUCUGUAUCAAUUUUACUUCUAACGUAAAUACUUCUGAAAAGAAGUCUGCUUUGAACACAAAACAUUCUAGUGAACAAAAAAAUAAGCCCAUUUUUAAUCAGUCUUUCAAAGCACCUGUUAAUAUUGAUCCCUUUGGCUCUUCAACUUUGGACUGUGAAACAGUUGUUAAUAAACCAGAUCAGACUAAUGCAUCAAAGUUAGGUUCUUUCUUUGAUGAUUGGAAUGAUCCAUCACUUGCCAAUGAAAUUUUUGAAACAUGUCAUCGAUUAGAGACUUCUUGGGAAGCAGAUAAUGUAGAUGAUGAUUUGUUGUAUCAAGCAUGUGAUGAUAUUGAAAGACUAACUCAGCAACAGGACAUUUUAAAGGACAAUAAAACAUCAGAAAGUAUACUUGAGAUCAAUGAUAGUUCCAAACAUGGAUCAAAAAAUAUAUCUACUACAUCUAAACAAGGAAGUCAGUUGRCACAAUCAAAUCAUUUGAAUCUGGGCAGCAUUACAGUGCAGACGUCUUCCUUGACAGUUGGCACACAAAUAAAUAAAUCAGUGAAAAUGGAGAAAAGGGAAAUGAGUGGAAAUUCUUCAGAAUUUUGGGGUACUACAACAAACUUGACUACAUACUCUAAGAACUCAAAUUGUCUGAUGAAUAAUCUGCAUGUGUAUAGGAAUAACAGUGAUGUUCUAAUGCAAAUGCCCAGUUCUAAAUCAGUUUUUGCAGGAAGUUCAAGUCUGAAUGUGAAUUCAAAUUAUGUGAGCCCAGUAAUUGCUAGUAAUAAGAAGAAACUGAUUACCCAGCAACUUUCCCAUAGGCCCCAAACAGAUGAAGCACAAAGUGAGUUUAACAAAGCAAUUAGAUUUUCAAAGUAUACUUUUUCAAAGACAAAAAAUCCUCAGAUUCUUUGUCAGCUUAAUCAAAAUUGUAUAGAAACAAGUAUGUCUACUACCAAAAUUACACAAGGUUUGGAGAAAAAGAAAACUGUGAAUUCAAUACCUGGGGAAGCUGGUCAGCAGAUGUCUUUGGUGAAAAUUUCUGAAUCUUUGAAACAAUCUUCAAAAGAGGAAGAAGAAAAAAAUAGGAAAUAUUCCCCUGAAGAAAUUCAGAGAAAAAGACAAGAAGCACUGGUUCGAAGAAUGGCCAAAGCACAGGCAUCAUCUGUAAAUUCAGCUCCCACUUAAUUUCUUUAAUGAAAUACUGGUUGGAAGACUUAUAAGUUAUUGAUAACUAUCUAUGAUAGGAAAUAUUUUUUUCUUGAUUUCUCUGUGAGAAAUUCUUACUUAUAAAG